AUGAGGUUCCAAGGCCGGAGACGCGAGCCACAGUGGUGGGGCAGGAAGAGGCGAGGCUCCCUCCAGGGCACGGAGGCUCCGCCUCCACGUCAUUUCCGUAAACAAAAGGGACUGUGAGGCGGCAGGGUCCGGGAUGUGACCCCGGCUCAAGCUGCAGCAGUAGCGUCGCCGGCUGCAGCUGCGGCAGUGGCUUCGGAGGCUUCGGGGUCUUUGCAGUUUGAGAAAGAGGACCCCGAUCCUCUCCUUCCUCAGGUUUUAAGAAGCUGGCCUUGGUGCAGUAAGGAACUUAGAACAAUGGAAGAACGGAAAGUGAAGAGGAGGAGUCCUAAGUCUUUUAGUGCCCACUCUACUCAGGUUGUUAAUGCCAAAAAAAAUGCCAUUCCAGUUAGUAAAAGCACAGGGUUUUCAAAUCCUGCAUCACAGUCAACUUCACAGCGACCAAAGUUAAAAAGAGUGAUGAAAGAAAAGACCAGACCUCAGGGUGGAGAAGGAAAAGGUGCACAACCGACUCCUAUUCAGCACUCCUUCCUCACCGACGUCUCAGACGUUCAGGAGAUGGAGAGAGGGCUUCUCAGCCUUUUGAAUGAUUUCCACUCUGGAAAACUUCAAGCAUUCGGAAAUGAAUGUUCCAUUGAACAGAUGGAACAUGUUCGGGGAAUGCAGGAGAAAUUAGCUCGCUUGAAUUUGGAGCUCUAUGGGGAGUUAGAGGAACUUCCUGAGGAUAAGAGAAAAACAGCCAGUGACUCCAAUCUGGACAGGCUUCUGUCUGACUUAGAAGAACUGAAUUCUUCCAUACAAAAGUUACAUUUGGCUGAUGCACAAGAUGUUCCAAAUACUUCUACCAGCUAAAACGACAUGUGGUUGCUUUCUUGUGGCUUGAAGAGGAGCAGCAUUCGUUACUUUCCCAGCUGAAUCCAGUAGCAGAAUCACCUUCCACAAUAAGGAAUAAAGUGAUUAAAGUGCCAGUGCAAUGAUUGUUUUCACUCCUGCUUUUAGUAAAUUUGACUCGCUGCUAUUCAUCCUAACUGGAGCCUCGGCCUUGUUGAAGGCUUAAUCAGGUUGUGCUGCUAUGCUUUCCAUUGUUGCCUUAUGGGGGUUAUACUUGAAAUGCAUUGUGCAGAAUGUUAAUAAUAGGGCUGAAGGUUUCUCCUUCCUGAGCUCACCAAACUUAUUCCCAUGUUGCAUAUAAGUUGAUGAUGCCCAGGCUUUUUGUGGCAGCCCCCCGCUGCAGUUUACGUUAGACAAUCAGUACACACACUGGUGUUUUCCAGUGGCCAGCGACAACAAAACGGUAAAUGAGUAUUUGUGAAAUUUGCUAUUUUUAAUAAAAGUGAUUGUUUUACAUU